UAAACUUUGGCCUGGGCAGGUCCAGAACUGCCUCCCGCCCCCGUCCCGCUGCAGAUCACAGCUCAGGCGGACACAGGUCUCGGAGUCCAGGUAGAAGACCACCGACUAGUCCCCCUCAGCCGCUCAUGCCGCGCUCAUAGCGCACGGGCCGCAGGUGUGUGAGCCGCCGAGCGGAUGAAGACGAGCAGGAAAGAGGAGACGCCGUGAAACAUGAGCCGCCAGCACCAGGGAGUGGUUCUGACGGCGUACCACAGCAGCGCCCGGGACGAGCCGCAGACCGGACCGGGCCCGAACCACCAACUCGCCGCGUCCAGCCCCAAAAUGGGACACUACACUCUGCAGCCGAACCACAACCCACAGCACAGAGACAAGCACGAGAACUCCACCAGCAUCAAUUCAUCACUGCUCCCAAAGCCAAACUCUGACCCCAGCUCCAAGUCUCAGCUCUCCUCCAGCCCCAAGUCCACCACCAGCCCUCGGCACAGUCCCAACAUUCGACCACGGCCCACAUGUCAGCGCAGCAGCUCUCAGGACUCUCUGGAUGAGCUGCAGAUGGACGAUUACUGGAAGGAAGUGGAGAACAUCACCUGCUCCGGAGGAGGUGCAGGCAAAGGAGAAGGAGAGCCUCAAGAGGAGGAACAUCCAAAAAUUCCUGAAGAAGGAGAGCAGGAGGAGGCGUGGCUUACAGAGGCGGGGCUAGCACGUCUGUUUGAUGAUUCGCUUGCAGCGGAUGACCAGGAUCAGGAAGAAGACAGUGCAGUCUUCCUGUCCACACUGACCAGAACACAGGUCGCAGCUGUGGAGCGCCGCGUGCAGCAGACGCUGUUACGCCGACGCAACCGCCAGCACCUCCCUGAUGUCCGGGACAUAUUCAGGCCUCCAGCGAAGGACGAGGAGACUCCCCGACUGCAAAGGAGAAGUGAGAAUGGACCAAAAGAUGCCUCAGCAGCUGAAACAGAGACGGAGCUUAACGUGGAAGUGGCCUUUUCUGAGCAGGCCCUCUCUUACUGGGACAAUCAGCACAAAGUAAAGGUUAGCACCAACCUGAACGCCCCCGACGACAAACUCCCGAACUUCAAGGUGCUUCGAGAUAAAACGGGUCAGACCAGAGCUGAAGAUCUGUCUCCUUUGGAUAUGAUGAAGGUGCGCAGGCUGGUGCUAGUGGAAAUGACGGCUCUGUUUGACACGGCCGGGAUCGAUCUGAAGACCCACAAACCCGUCAAAGUCAAGACCAGAGACAGCGGUUUGUUUGGCGUUCCUCUCAACACUUUAUUGGAUCAGGACCAGAGACGGGCUCCUGGGACCAAAGUGCCUUUAAUCCUGCAGAAACUCAUCAGUCAUAUUAAGGAGGAGGGCUUAGACACAGAGGGGCUGCUGCGCAUUCCUGGAGCAGCCACCAGAGUCAAGGCUCUGUGUCAGGAGCUCGAGUCUUCUUUCUGUGACGGGGCAUUUCCAUGGCAACAGGUGAAACAGCACGAUGCUGCCAGCCUUUUGAAACUCUUCAUCAGGGAGCUGCCUCAUCCUCUACUGACUGUGGAGUACCUGAAUGCUUUCAUAGCAGUCAACAAGUUCCCCACCAAGAAGCAGCAGUUACAGGCCCUGAACCUGCUGGUUCUGCUGUUACCUGAAGCCAAUCGGAACACACUGAAGGCUUUGGUGGAGUUUUUUCAACACGUGAUCGACCAUCAGGCCCAGAAUAAAAUGACUCUCAACAACGUUUCUGUUGUCAUGGCGCCCAACAUCUUCAUGUUUAAAGGUUUCAGGUCUAAAGUCUCAGAACAGAAGGAAAUCUCCAUGGCAACCAGUACUGCCAACAUUGUCAGGCUGCUGAUCAGAUAUCAGAAUCUUCUGUGGACAAUCCCAAAGUUCAUUUUAAACCAGGUGAGACAGCACAACAUGGAAAGUCAAAGGAAGCAAAACAAUCAGAGGGCUGUCCGGAAGCUGCUGAAGAAGAUAACCACCGACAAACCCUCAGAAAAAUCCAUCCCUGAGGUAGGACAGGAAAACUCACAGGGAUUUAUUCGGGUUCAAGCUCCCCAAUUCAGUAAAGUCUCCAUGGCAGUCCAGCUGACGGAGGAGCUGCAGGCUGUGGACGUGCUGACACGCUUUCUCAGCCAGGACAGGUUGGUGACAGUGAAAAAAGAGGAUUUGUGUCUCUUUGAGAUUGGUGGAAACAUCAAGGAGAGAUGUCUGGAUGGAGAGACAUUCAUGAAGGACCUCUACCAUCUAAACCCUACAGCAGAGUGGGUCAUCAAGCUUGUACAGAGAUGAGCAACACACUGGAGAUGUCAACUCUAAACAAUAACAACCGUGGAUGCUGUGCUGCCCCAAAUCCCACAUGGAAAUGCAAUUCUGAGAUGACAAAUCGUCACGGACACGGCCGUCUGAUUCUAACACGUACUGAACUGCCUGUAAUCUAGUAGCACAGCUUACCUUACUGGACCUAAGGGAAUAUUUGUCGGUCAGGUGUAAAGCACCGCCAGAUGCUUCAGGGAUAUCAAAGCUGCUAAAACAAUCUUGAAAUGCAAAUUCCAUUCAUGUAACCUGACACAAGCUGCCUAAUGGAAGUUUAGAGGUCAAAACCACUAGUCCUAAUUCAAGAAUGGGUGCCCAGGUAAGAGAAAGCUUCCUGUCCAAAGACUUUUUGAUGUAUCUGUGAAGUGAUGAAAAAACGUCUUUUUCUGUAGUCUGUGAUUUAUAAUCUGUCUAGAUUUAUCAACCAUUUUAGCUUAAUUUUACAAAUCAUAGACACAUGCUGUCAUCUCCAGUACACAGUGACAACAUUGUACCUUCGAAGGUGUAUUCCAAACACAACAUGGGAACAAUGUUUGAGUGUUAAAAAACACUGUAAAGGAGGCAGUGCAUGGAUGUGCUCAUGGUAGUUCCACCUGUUUUGGAUGAAAUGUAUGCUGUUGAAUGUAAAUCUUGAAUGGUAAAUUGCCCAUUUCUGCCUCUUAAAUGACCGCUGACUCUGCCUGUGAAUGAGCAUGCAGUCAGACUGCAUCUGUGGGUACGACAGUAUGAACUCAUUUGUGCCACAAAAAUGAGAACAAAUGUCAGACCGUUCAAACUUAGAAAAAACUACCAAAGAAAGAGACUUUAAGAUUUACUUUUACAAUUUAGAAAGUUAUGUUUUCAAAACUGUACAUUUUGUUUGCAGUUUAACAAAUUUCAAUUUUUUAAACUCUGACUUUUGUUUCUUAUGUUAGUGAGAGUUUACUUAGUUUAACUGUUA